AAGAAAAAGCAUGGUCCGAUUCGCCUGCGCAUAGCGCGUAAACGAAUUGUGGGAAAUAUGCCGACGGGUCGAGUAGCUGGUCCUAGCAGAAUCUCGCACGGAAGUGAUGAAGAAGGAAAGCACGAAACUGAAUUGCCGAAGAAAAGUGGUCAAGAGCGUAAACCGAAACCAAAAGCUUGUCAAAUAGCGAAGAACGAUAUUGAGAAGGAUGAGCAGAGUGGAAAUAGUGACGAAGCUAAAGAUGGUCGUAAACAGCGUCCUUCACGUCAACGACGUAAACCAAAUUGGAUUGAUGAGAACUAUGUUACUGGUUUUAAAAAUAAACGUGCCCGUCGCGAAGAUGAUGGUGUAGAUUCGGAAUGUGCGCAACCAAAGAGACAAAGUCGACCAUCGUCAAGGAUUGAACAGAGUCGAUCGCCAUCGAGGAAUGAAUCAAAAUGUGCUAGAAAUGGAGGUAAUCAACGAUCAACAUCUGUUGAACCUUCUAGUACCAUUCCUUAUGUUCAAUCGGAAGCAAGCAGGGACGAAACGUCGAACUCAUCAACUCGUGCACUACAUCGAAGCAUAUACAAUGUUGUGACUGGUAACCACGAACUGGAUGGUAGUGCAGCACGAUCGCCAAUUGCUUUAUCUUCAGCUGGACCCUCUUCAACUGGUGCAGAAAGUACCAGAGAUAUAAUGACCAAGAAAACCUGUCGUUUACAGUAUACUCCACGAGCACGAAGAAUGAAAUAUGGAGAUGAUUUGUUAUCCAACAUCAGUUAG